AUGCGUGCAUUUGUCUCGAUUGCCGAGUACCACUUAGUCCUGUUUGCGGGCGCUGAUCUUGGUGGGCUUUCCGACGGUGGCGGGCGUGGCCGGCUUGCUGAGGAGGAUGACGCAGCAGAUCAUACCGAUAACCAGUCCCAGGAGCAGGGAGAAGCUGCUAACGACGAAGAAUCCUCUGAAGGCGACGUCAUAGAUGCGCUGGGCCUCCUGUACGCCGGUGAUCAUGAAGUCCACGAGCACGCCGAGGUACGUCAGGGGUGCCGGAACGGCGGUGGAGAUGGUCUUCUGGUACUCAGAGGUGGCGAAAGCAGCCAGACGCUCGGUGGUGCGUUCGCCUCCCUUGUAGACGUACAUGCGCCCCUUGUCAAUGAAGAUCAGGGUAGGGUAUCCCUUGAUGCCGAACCGCUUGGCAACGUUGGGGCUGCGGGUGGCGUCCAAGUCGGCGACGUUAACGACGCCCUUGAGCUCCCUAGCCAGGCGCUCCCACGCCGGGGCCAUGUGGCGGCAGUGCGAGCACCAGGGGGCGUAGAACUUCACGAACCACGGACCUGCUGUGUGUGA